AUGCCUCGUUCCGGUGACGUGAUGAUCUACAAGAAGGAUACUAGUCUGAAGCAUGUGCAGUCUUUCACUGCUCAGGUUCAAGUUUUGGAUGUGCCUGGCGAGAUCAAGGUUGGUUAUUCUCCGAUUGCCUUUGUUCGUACUGGUCGUUCCGCCUGUCGUCUGGCUGGAAUCAAGUGGAAGGUUGGCAAGGAGACUGGUGGCAAGAAGAUGGAGGAUCCACAUUCUCUGAAGUCCAACGAGAUGGCCGAGGUCGUAUUCGAACCUAUCCAGCCUCUGGUUGUCGACUCCUUCAAGAACUGUGAGGGUCUAUCUCGUGUUGCCCUCAUGGAGGGCAAUGGUGUGGUUAUGCUCGGCAAGUGUGUCUCCACGGUUGCGAAAGACGUGAAGUAG